UCAACGUCAAGGUCCCAGUAUUGUCCGCGCCCAGCUUGUUGGACGACACACCAGUACAACUGGUGGCAGUGGUGGUCACGGUACUGGUGGCAGCUAUGGAAGUCAACAUCAGGGUCCCAGUAUUGUCCGCGCCCAGCUUGUUGGACGACACACCAGUACAACUGGUGGCAGUGGUGGUCACGGUACUGGUGGCAGCUAUGGAAGUCAACGUCAAGGUCCCAGUAUUGUCCGUGCCCAGCUUGUUGGACGCCACACCAGUACAACAGGUGGCACUGGUGGCUACGGGACUGGUGGUGGCUCCCAGGGUGGACAUCAAGGACCCAGUAUUGUCCGUGCCCAGCUUGUUGGUCGUCACACUAGUUCAGGAAGUAGUGGACAUGGUGGUCAUGGUGGCAGCUAUGGAAGCAGCUCUGGGGGUGGUACAGGUGGAUGGUAAAGUGGACUGUUGAAUGGUGCCCCACCUUCAGCUACUUAAAAACAACUUCGAAUGGUUUUUCAGUAACGUGAACUACAAAAUGAAAUAGACAUUACUUACUAUUUUGUGUGCAUAUAAUAUGCUUGAUUCACACCUUGUAAUUUACUUGUACAUUGCUGUACACUUUUAUAACAACAACGAAAAUCGGGGAGAUACAUAAAACACCUCAUGAAAUAAUAUUUCCUUUUCCUCAAAAAUACAAACCUUCCUUUGGUACUAAAGCAUUCUUAGUUCAAAAACUAUAUCACUUUUGUGUAACGGACAAACUUUUAUUGGGGUUUUGGGGUAAAAGUAGAUGAUUACCAACUUAAAAUUUGAAUAAAGUACUGUAUUAUGAAACAUGGAAAAUUCGUCGAUCUUGGAAAAGAUUAUCUGUGUGUAUGCCUUGGAUAUGUCAUGUCUCACGGGAAAAUGAUUGUCGACACAAAAGCCCGCCACGCUGGCGCCACUCCUCCCGCUCCACCUGCAUCACCAGAUACCAGUGUAUAGCAACAGAAGGCGUCACCUAUUAGUCAACCAAAGUUGCGUUUCUUUGCUGUGAUUUCACUCCCGUAAUUUUCCACAAUGCGGGUCAAUAUAAUGCCUAGUCGGCCGGCUCCGAGGGAGGAAACCCAACCCUUUGCCCCCUACUCUGCUGCUGCUGUUGAUGAUGAUCUAGGACCAUCGGGCAAGCUAUCUUAAACCAUGACACCUUUUUUCGACUACAACUCACUUACCCUUCCACUGAACCUUCUUCACCUGUCACUUGCCUUUAAUUGGUUAGUUAGCUCCUGGGAUUCAUUGGUCCACCUGAAGAACAUGUUGACUUACACACUCUGAAGAACAUGUUUUACACCAUCUUACGAACAAUCUUUCAUGAAACUUCCUCUAAACCGGACUACUUGGAGGGGAAGGCCUGUCCGGUUUAAACGAAAUUCUGGGUUGGGCGGGGGUCUGUAUUAUCUAUAUUGCAAGAUAAAAAAUUCCAGAUGAUGGGAGCUUUCUUACUAAAACUACCUAAGAACACCAAACCUAUUGAAAUUUUUAGCCUAAACUUAACACCCUUAGAGUUUUAAUGUGCCUUACUAAUUUUUUUUUUUUUUAGCUGCUUGGGGUGAUGGGUCAAUUGAGGCAGGAGGUGGUUGAAUGACUCUUACUAUGCAUGCCACCAAAAGUGUAGCAGAGGUUAUGUUUUCACAGAUAAUUUCAUUGACUAUGAUGUAUGUAAUAUGCAUAUUCACAUUUCUUGGACACUUCUAGGAGUUACCCUCCUGCACGGCUGCACCACCACAGUGGGAACCCUUAUACUUUUUUUUUGGCACAUUCUGUACAGUAUGUAGGAUUGUGUGUGCAUGUAACUGAAUAAAAAAAAUAACAAA